AUGUCGAGGAGCUCCCGGGCGGUGCUGGCCGUCACCGCGCUCCUCUCCGCCGCCACCGUGGCGGCCGUGCACGUCCAGCAGCGGCGGGAGCAGGAGAGGCUGCACAGAGGAGUUCUCAGAGAUCUGGAGCGACAACAUCAGAAGAAGGAAAAUAUUCGCCUGUUAGAAGAGCAGAUUGCUUUGACAAAGCAGCUUAAAGAAGAAAGAGACAAGAUGCUCAUGGAGAAGGGCUCCCAGCAGCCCUAG